AUGCGUUGGGUAAAGAAACCAUAUUCAUUGAUACAGUCUAGAUGGGUUCUCUCGCGUGGCUACGCCCAAAGUGCCAACCCACUUAUCAAAGAGAUUAAAGAUUCCAGGGUUCAUAUAACCAGUCAUAAACUAUGCAGAACUCGCGCAUCACCCCAUCUAAUUUCUAGUUCAGAGGAUGUGCUCGAAAGACUCGCUCCAACCCUCCCAAAUGGCCGGCCCAUUGAUAUCGUCGAUGCAUAUCCGGGGCUGGGCAUUUGGUCUUCUAAUUUUCAUGAGUUUAUCCGCCCACGAAGACAUAUAUUACUCGAGCCAAACUUCAAAACAUACGAAUCGUUCCUAAAACCUCUAUUAGAGUCGCCGGGCUCGCGAUACGUACAUGUCCCGUGGGACCCAGCUGUGGAUAAAACGUUCUCAGAUCUAUACAAGAAUGGGUACCUACCCGAGCAAACUGAGCGCGAGGAAGGAUCCACAGAAGUGAACGACACACUACUUGUUUUGGCUAAUAUGACACUUCUUCGCUCAGUGACGAAACUGCGAGCCUCAGAUUCGCGAAAAUACUUUGAGUCGAUGCUAGAUCAGAGUUAUUUCCAUCGAUAUGGCCUGGUACGGAUUAUUGCGAUAUUUCCAUCGUCCAAUUUAGAUGCCGUUCUGCCCAAGAGCAUUAGCAGGCGGCGGAGGACACAGGCGUUACUCGAAUGCGUAGCUUUGGAAGCCAAUGAAGUGGCGGGAGAUACUAGUGAGACCACACAUUGGACUCGACGGGGCCUGCAGGUUGUUCAAAAUAGUGCGGAUAAUGUAGCAAAACGAUCGGAGAGUGCGCUUGUCAAAGUGCCACCUGGGCGAGAGCCAAUGCCAUUGGAACUUGCCCCAAAACCUGCUGUCGUAAAUGGUGUUAAAAAGCCCUAUUUCCCGCGCCCUAUUCAUGACUGGCACCAUGAAUACGUGAAGGCUCAGAAGGACGUGAAAAGGGAAGAAGAAAACGUUGACGCCAGCAACCCAAUACCCUCGAAGCUGAAGGACCUUCGAAAACAUUUUGCCGCCCUGCAAAAAAGAUAUCUAUACGAAAGCUCCCAGAUCCGAUCUGCCCACGAGGCAGAUGAAAGACAGCGCGAUAUAGACGAUAUAGAAGCCAAUCUUCGAAAAGUGAUGAAUAGCACUCUCCAGGUGCCAUCGGCCCGAGAUGCACGGAAGAUCAUGGAGAAACUUGCACUACUUAAAGAAGAACGAGAUCUUAUCCUCUCGUCUUUGGGGAGACAAUUUAUCCGUCACCAUUACCCAUUAUUCGUGAAUGAACGGCGUUGCGUUACUGGCUCUCCAUCUAGCCCAUCCUCCGAGCCGCUUUUGCUCUGGGACAAACGCGCUUAUGAACCACUGCAUGUCGAUAAGGACGAAUUCUCUCCCAAAACUCCUUGCUCGAUCGUUGAUAUCCAGCCGAACCCCAACUCUUUUAUUUUUAAAGCCCAACGGGAAUUCAAAGCCUCAAAUCAGUCAUUCAAAUAUAUAUCGGUCCUGACUACCUUCCGUGCACUGCUGAGGAUGUUUAUACCUUAUCCUAAGAAGUCCGUAGAGCAGGUUCUGCGCUUGCUAUUUGCAUCGAGGCCUAUAACUGACUUCCCGUCCGCUAUACCUUCAUUGGCGGAGUAUGCGACGCCCAAAAUCACGAUGGAUGCUAAAGAGGCAGCUGCAUGGAAGCAAGUGAAGACUAAUAGCAGGGGUGUUUUUGUAGGAUAUGAUGUGGAAUGUCUAGCGGAAGCUACCAUACAGCGCAUCCCGAGCAGCGUGUUUUGGGAUAUUGCCGUGGAGUGGGAGAGGUGGCGCCUGGAGAUGAAUUUGCCGAAUACUCUAUCAAAGUCGCUUGGAGGGGCAUUUAUUUCGGAUAUGAAUGAAGCCUUCGAACCCCGACGGUGA